AUGUACCUGGACAAUAAAGAUGAUGGUGCAAUCACCAGAAACAUAGAUAUGGAAUUGGACACCCACCACAUGGAUCUGCUUGGAGAUGGAGCAAGAGAGCCAAUUUCUUACAAUGUCAGCAAACUGAAGCUCUUGAAGGAGUUCAUGAUUGGUCAGGGAGCAUCACAUCAACCCUAUCCAAGAAUUGCACAAGAGCCAGACCAGUGUAUUACUUUGGGGAAAGAUUUCAAUCCUCUCACUAUGCAACCCAGGUAUAAUUACAGUUUGCCCAAAUUCUUCAGCACAAGAUCAGAAGAUAACUGUUUUACAGAAAGGACACCUCUGUUGAAAGUUUCCACUAAAGGCAAUGGAUGUACAGAUGUUAAUAAUACAGAUUUCAUCACAGAUGAUGACUCUUGGGAAAACAGUUCUGCCGAAUUUGAGCAGAGGUCUCAGCCAGGAAGUGAAAUGACCAGCUUGUCAAGAUCUGCUUCGUGCUCAGAAAAAUGUGAAAUAUUGGACAAUUUUCAUGUCAAAUUCAAUUUAUCCAAGAUGAGAUGCUGCUUAAAAUUCCUAAAGAUUUCGUGCCUUUUUAUCUUUGUAGUUAUAUGCUCUAUUUUGUUUAGCAUUCAUCCUGAAAACCGAACAUCUUGGCAGAUGCUGGCUGUUUCACCUGUGGACAUUUACACUGUGAACUUUAGCAGUUUCAGUGAUUCUGCUCUUUUAAAGGUAGAACUUGGAGGGCCCUUUGUAACUGAGCGACAACCAAGAGACUAUAUUGUAGUUCAAAUUGGACAAAUAGAAGACUCCAGUCCUAAAAGGAGACGUCAACAGCAAAUCUUAUAUAAUUGGACUCUUGCAUUAAAUCUGAAGAAAAAUGAGCAAGUUAUUGUGACUAGAAUCUUUGAGACAGUGAAUAGAAAAGAAACCUCCCUAAGAAUCCAGGCAUUUCUUCAGGAAUCAGAAAUCAUUCCUCUUUCUAUGACACAUCAGUAUCUUCAUGCAAAUAUAGAGGCUCAAGUCACAAUAGCUUCAGUCAUUUUAGCAGGUGUUUAUGUUCUGAUUGUGUUUGAGAUUGUCCACAGGACAUUAGCUGCAAUGUUGGGAUCUUUGGCUGCCUUAGCUGCCUUAGCUGCAAUUGGUGAUAAGCCGAGCCUGAUCAAAGUAGUGGCAUGGAUUGAUUUUGAAACUCUGGCACUAUUGUUUGGAAUGAUGCUUUUGGUUGCUAUCUUCUCUGAAACUGGGUUUUUUGAUUACUGUGCAGUAAAGGCUUAUAGACUUUCUCGAGGUAAAGUGUGGGCCAUGAUUAUCAUUCUCUGUUUUUUUGCUGCAAUUCUAUCAGCCUUUCUGGACAAUGUUACUACAGUACUCCUCUUUACUCCAGUAACUAUAAGGUUAUGCGAGGUGCUCAAUCUUGAUCCCAGGCAUGUCCUGAUUGCUGAAGUUAUCUUCACAAAUAUUGGAGGGGCUGCAACAGCUAUUGGGGAUCCUCCAAAUGUGAUUAUUGUUUCAAAUCAGGAACUCAGGAAGUUGGGGUUGGACUUUGCUGCAUUUACAGGGCAUAUGUUUAUUGGAAUUUGUCUUGUACUUCUGGUUUCCUUUCCUUUUCUACGACUACUUUACUGGAACAAGAAACUCUAUAACAAAGAGCCAAGUGAGAUUGUUGAACUGAAACAUGAAAUCCAUGUUUGGAAGCUGACAGCCCAGAGAAUUAACCCUGCAAGCAGAGAAGAAACAGCAGUGAAGUGCCUCUUAAUGCAAAAAGUUAGGACUCUAGAGUUCUUGCUAAGGAAAAGUCAAACUUUCCACAGACAAAUCUCACAAGAAGAUAAAAACUGGGAAACAAAUAUCCAGGAGCUCCAAAAAAGUCUUAUAUAUGGAGAACAUGGUAGCCUCUUCAGAGCUUCUGGAAAAGAAUGCCUAGAGAUUGGCUAUAGAUAUGUGCACAGAAUAACAGACAAGUUGCUUCUCAUCAAAUGUCUGAUGGUUUUAGGAAUUGUUAUUCUCAUGUACUUUCUCAAUCCAUUCGUUCCAGGAAUUCAUUUAGAUCUUGGAUGGAUUGCUAUGUUGGGAGCCGUAUGGCUUCUUGUGCUAGCCAACAUUCAUGAUUUUGAAAUGAUUCUGAACAGAGUGGAAUGGGCAACUCUCCUUUUCUUUGCAGCAUUAUUUGUUUUAAUGGAGGCUUUGGCUCAUCUUCAUUUAAUAGAAUACAUAGGAGAACAAACAGCUUUGCUGAUAAAGGUGGUCCCUGAAGAGCAACGCCUGACAGUUGCUAUUAUUUUAAUUCUGUGGGUCUCUGCAUUGGCAUCAUCUCUAAUUGACAAUAUUCCAUUCACUGCUACAAUGAUUCCUGUACUUCUCAAUCUAAGUCAAGAUCCUGACGUUAAUUUACCUGUGAAACCACUGAUCUUUGCAUUAGCCAUAGGUGCCUGUCUUGGAGGUAAUGGGACAUUGAUUGGAGCCUCUGCAAAUGUCGUUUGUGCGGGCAUUGCUGAACAGCAUGGCUAUGGCUUUUCUUUCAUGGAAUUUUUCAGGUUGGGGUUCCCCAUGACCGUCAUAUCCUGUACCAUUGGAAUGUGUUAUCUUCUUGUUGCUCAUGUUGUAUUGGGUUGGGCUUAA